GGCUGUCUUUUUAUUCCCGAAUUCGCCAAAUCCGCAGGCCAGAUUCAGAUCGCAUUUGACUUUGUUAGCGCCGUCGCCGCCAUGGCAGAGACGGAGACGAAGACGAAGAGCGAGGGCACGACGUCGCUGCACGUAGCGAUGUUCCCGUGGCUCGCCGUCGGCCACUUCAUCCCCUUCCUCCGCCUCGCCGACCUCCUCGCUCAGAGGGGCCACAAGAUAUCCUUCCUCUCCACCCCCCACAACCUCUCCAGACUCCCCAAAAUAUCCCCGCACCUGUCCUCCCUGAUCACCCUCGUGCCCCUCCCCUUCCCCGAAACCCCCUCCCUGCCCCCGCUCGCCCAGUCCUCCUCCGACGUCCCCAACCGCCACCAGCAGCUCCUCAAGCCCGCCUUCGACGCCCUCCUCCCCGCGCUCCGCUCCUUCCUCGAGUCCUCCCGCCCCGACUGGGUCCUCUACGACUACGCCUCCCACUGGCUCCCCGCCCUUGCCGCGGAGCUCCGCGUCCCCCACGCCUUCCUCAGCCUCUUCGCCGCCGUCGUCCUCUCCUUCUUCGGCCCUCCGCCGGAGCUGGUCUCCGGCAGGAGGUUCCAGUCGGACGGCGGCGGGGACCUCACCGCGGUCCCGCCGUGGGCCCCCGCCGGGUCUGGCCUGGCUUUCCGCCCGCACGAGGUCGCGAGGAACGCGGAGCGGUCGGAGGUGAGCGUGGAGACCACGCCGGACACGGUGCGGUUCGGCGUCUCGAUCGGGGAGAGCGACGCGGUAGUGGUUCGGACGUGCGAGGAGUUCGAGCCGGAGUGGCUCGGCCUGCUGCGCGAGCUGUACGGCGACAAACCGGUUUUGCCGGUCGGGUUCUUGCCUCCAAUGGACGAAGAGGAUGAGAGUGACGACGUGGAAAGCACAGAGAGAUGGCGAUUUAUGAAAAGCUGGUUGGAUGGGCAGGAGACGAACUCGGUGGUCUACGUGGCAUUCGGCACGGAGGUCACACUGACCCGGGCCGAGCUCGUCGAGUUGGCUCGCGGGUUGGAGCUGUCCGGGUUGCCCUUCUUUUGGGUGCUUCGAAGGUCACCCGGGUCGGAUAGGGAUGACGGGCUGGAGAGUCUGCCAUGCGGGUUCUUAGAGAGAGUGAGGGGCCGAGGGUUCGUCCACUCCGGGUGGGCUCCGCAGGUGAAGAUCCUACGGCAUGAGUCGAUCGGGGGGUUCUUCACCCAUUGUGGGUAUAAUUCGAUGAUCGAAGGCCUCUCGUGCGGGCGAAUUCUGGUUCUCUUCCCUGUUAUGAACGAGCAAGGGCUCAAUGCAAGAUUGCUGCUUGCGAAGGGGGUCGCGAUCGAAGUGCCCAGGGACAAGAUGGACGGGUCUUUCACGGGAGAGUCGGUGGCCGGGUCGGUUCGGCUGGCCAUGGUGGAUGAGGCGGGCAAGCCGGUGAGGGCAGCGGCGAGGGAAAUGAAGGGCGUGUUUGGAAACAGGGAGAAAAAUGAUGGGUACGUGGAUGAAUUUGUUCGUUACUUGGCAGAGCAUAGGAAGCCAAAGCCCGCGAUGAAAUAGAGCUUUUUGACGAAAAUGUAAGAGCCAUUACAAAAGUUGAUAGAUCUAUUGGAUUCUUUUGCUAAUGUUCUCUAACUUACCCAAGUUUGUGAUUGUCGGACUGUACAUUAUUUACUGUUUGCAAGAUUCGUACCAACU